UACAUUAUUGCCUAGAUCUAGAUCUACUCUCUAGAGAAAUAGAUCUAGUGUCGAUUUAUCUUUAUGCGAGUUUUUAAUUUUUUUAGUAAAACUAGUAUAUUUUCAAUUUUAAUAACCUAAUAUUGUUCAGAUAUAAUAUUUAGAUCAUAUUUUGAAAUAUUUGUAUUAAAAUAUUUAUUUGGUCAAAAUAAUUUUGCACACGGCGUAAUUCAACCAUCAACGGAAGUAGACCGGUCUUUCUUUUGAUUCACUACAUGGCCGCUUACUCUUGCUAAGGAUUAGAAAAAAACGAAAUUUCUAACAACGCUUGGAAACAAUCGAAGUUUAUAAGUUUCCACAAUGGCACAUUUUGUUUAUCCUACUGCCAACCCAAUGGCACAAGUGGCACCUGCUGCACAAGCCUAUCCUUCUGCCCAGAGUGCUUAUGUUGCAGCUCCUCAGGCUGCUUAUGCUGCAACAGCAGCUCCCCCAAGAGCUGGACAGACUUACGAAAGCUAUCCAGCUGCUGCAGCUUCUGCAGCUGUACAUCCUUCAACACAGUACGCAUAUUCAAGAGCACAGGUCGCUGUCACAAGUGCCUUUUCCUUGCAGCCAACUGUCACAUAUGAUCAGUCAAAGGCAUAUUAUCAACCAACAGCUGCGACAACAUAUACAGCUGCUGCUGAUCCACAAUUUCAAGCUGUUGGCCUUUCUUUAACAACAGCCAAGCCAGCUUUUAGCACUGGGGCAACUUUUGCCAGUGCUCAAAGACAAGCUGCAGUAGCGCCCAAGGCUCAAGCGAUUCCCGUCUCAUCCACUGGCACAAGUUAUGUCUAUUCUUCUACCACACCAACUGUCACUACAUAUUCCACAACUGGUUACACAACUACCACUGCUCCUCAAACCAGCAUAUCAAAUGAUUUAUCUUCUCUAGGCUAUGAUGCAGCUCUGUAUUCUGCUGCUAGCAACUAUUACAGCCAACAGCAACAAGGCAAAACUGGAACACCAUCAUGGAUGGUAAAAAAAACAGCUGCUGGUAAUCAGUUCAAACCAAAACCAAAAGGACCCCCUAAAGCUCCUCAGUUGCACUAUUGUGAUGUGUGCAAGAUCAGCUGUGCUGGGCCUCAGACUUAUCGUGAACAUUUAGAAGGUCAAAAGCACAAAAAAAAAGAAGCUGCAUUAAAAGCUAGUCAACCUUCAAGUAGACAGUCUCAUAAUCAGAUGAGGUGUGAACUUUGUGAUGUCACUUGCACUGGGCAAGACGCUUAUGCUGCACAUAUUCGUGGAGCUAAACACCAGAAGGUUGUGAAACUACAUACAAAGCUGGGGAAACCAAUCCCAUCAACUGACCCAGUUGUAUCUGCAGCAAAUAAAACUGCAGCUAAACCUGCUCCAGGAAAAGCUGUUGUUGUACAAUCAGCCACUGCAGCAAAAAAAGUUUUGGCUGCACCCAAAAUAAACUUUGUUGGUGGAACCCAGUUAAAGACAUUAGCUGGUAAAUCAGAAGAGGUGACUACAGCAGCACCAGUCACUACAGCCACAGCAGUAAGAAAUUCUGGUGAUGCUUCAACAUCAAUGUCUGAUGAUGAAGGAGAUGAUGGUGCUAAUUCUGCCUCUGAGAAGGAUGUGACUCCAGUUGGCCACGAGUACAUUGAGGAAAUAAAAAAUGACAUUGGUAAAACAGUUAGUUUCAAUUGCAAACUUUGUGACUGUAAAUUCAAUGACCCAAAUGCUAAAGAGAUGCAUUUGAAAGGCAGACGACAUCGAUUGCAAUACAAGAAAAAAGUUGAUCCAAACCUCCAAGUUGAAGUAAAACCAAGUAUCCGAGUAAGAAAAAUCCAAGAAGAUAAAAUGCGUAGACAGGCACAGAAAGAGGAGUUUUGGCGACGCAAAGAACAGCAGGAGCGUUUACGAGAAGAGAUGAGAAUGGAAGAUGAAAUAUAUUGGGGCCAUCGUCGUCUUGAAAUGAUGGGAGGUCCUAUUCCUCCUGAGUUUAUGGAUUGGCAGAGAUUUGGACCGAUGGGCCCUAUGAUGCGUGCUCCAUUUCCGAUACAUCCAAUGCUGAGAAGGCCAGAUUCUUCUGAUGAUAGACAUGUUAUGACUAAACAUCACAGCAUAUAUCCUACAGAAGAUGAAUUGCAGGCAGUUCAAAAUAUUGUUUCAGCUUGUGAAAAAGCUCUUAAGCUAGUCUCAGAUGUUUUAGCUGAAAAUGAUAACAAAGAUAAAAAAUCAGAAAAGGUUGAAGUCAAGAAAGCUUCAGUAAAAACAGAAACUGCUGAAGCUGAGAAAGAGAGUGAGAAGAAAGAUGAAUCUGCCACCAGCCGUGUACUAAAAGGUGUCAUGCGAGUUGGUGUUCUAGCUAAAGGAUUACUUCUGCAUGGAGAUCUAAAUGUCAAUCUUGUUGUUCUUUGUUCUGAGAAACCCACUCGGACAAUGCUAGAACAGGUUGCUGAUGCAUUACCGAAACAGCUAUCGGCUGUAACCACUGAACAGUAUGAAGUAAAACGGUGUGUUGAAGAAGCUGCUAUAAUUGUCAGCUGUGACGCAGAGCCUGCUACCAGUUGUACCAUCACUCUUACAUCUCCCAUCAUGAGAGAGGCAAAUCUACCAGAAGGAGAGACGGUUAACGUCAAAGACCCGCCUGAUGUCCUCGACAGGCAGAAAUGCCUAGAUGCUCUAGCUGCCCUUCGUCAUGCUAAGUGGUUUCAGGCUAGAGCAAAUGGUCUGCCAUCAUGUGUCAUCAUUAUCAGAAUUCUUAGAGAUCUUUGCCAGCGUGUACCAACAUGGUCACUACUCAAUGAAUGGGCCAUGGAACUUCUGGUUGAAAAAUGUGUCAGUACUGGAGGGGCUAACAUGGCACCUGGGGAUUCAUUAAGACGUGUAUUUGAAUGUAUUGCUUCUGGAAUAUUCUUGCCUGGUGGCCCCGGGUUGUAUGAUCCUUGUGAAAAAGAGGCAUAUGAUGUUACUGCUACAUUAACCAACCAACAGAGGGAGGAUAUUACUGCUUUAGCUCAGCAUGCUUUGAGGUUGAUAGCAUUCCGACAAAUCCAUAAAGUUUUGGGUAUGGAUGCUCUUCCAGCUCCCAGAUUUCCAACAAAGAGAUUUAGUAACAGAAAGAGAAGACACACAAGUAGUACUGGAGAUGAAGGUGCAGAGAAAAAAGACAGAAAAGAGAAAGAACCAGAGGCAGCUGCUCAGUAAACAGUGUUCAAUUGUUGGAUUAGCAUUAUCAAAGUAUUUUUCGGUUGAAGAUGUAUUGACUCGUUUCUCAUGUACAUAAUAUAGAACAGUUUAAACAUUUCUCAUUUUUGUACUUGUAUAUAUUAUUGUGUAUACCAUGUUUCACCCAAGUGUAAUGAUAAGCAUACACUUUUAGUUAGCUUAAUGAUUGUUGUGUUGCAGCAUUAGGCUAGAGAUAUUAGGUUUUUUUUUAAUAUUGAUAACUUGUAUGUUUCUUUUCUUACUAUGACUAAUGCCAGUAUGGUACCCAGGUGACUUGAGCACUUUGGUUCUAUUUCAUGGCUUAAAUGGUAUUGAUCAGGUAUUCAUUGAACCUGUAGGUUUCUAUUAGAAACCAGGGGGUGCCUGGUAAAUAGGAGGAGCCAUCGGUUGAAAACUUUGUUGUUGUUUAUAAUUCACGUAUUCCUGUCUGGUAUUAGAAGAAUAUGUGGAGAUGGACUGUCUUGCAUGUAAAUGUUUCAAAUGUUUGAGAUAUUUUUCAUUGGAAUGUCACAAGUUUUAUCAAAAAAUUUUACUUUUGAUGUUGUGUAUAUAAAAGUUGCAAACAGGA